AUGGAAUCAAUUAUUGAUUCAACUACAAAGUUUAUGAAAGAAAAUGGAAAUGAAAUAACAAAAUGGACAGCAGAAGUAUCAGAAACAAGUUAUUCUGUAAGUAUGGCAUGUUCUUGUUUAUCAUCUUUAUUCAGUUGUUUUGAAUCAACACAAGACUUGAGUAAAGACUUAAAUACAUAUGCAGAAAUUAGUGGUAACAUUGCAUUAGGACUUCAUGUUUGUUCUAAUGUAUCAAAAGUAGCAACAAAACUCUCAAAAGAAUAUCAAAAUAAUAAAGGAUAUCUUCAAGAAAGAACAUACCCAGGAUUUCUCAAUAGUACAAGCAAAAUAGAAAAAUUAAUUGAUGGAACUGAUCAAAAUGAAGAAUUGUAUCUUUGUUAG